AUGAAUGAGACGAGGCAGCCAUCCCUGUUCUUUAUCCUACUUCCAGAUUUACACAAAGUUGCUGCUGUCCAGAUAACAUUGAGUAGCAGGAUGGCAGAAACAGAGAUUAGGAGUACACAGAUCAAGAUGUGCAGGCAGCUGCUACUGCUGCAUGAAGAUGUUCUUACAGCACCUGUGCCUGGAAUAUUAAACCAAAUCUGGGUAGUGAUGUCGAUACCGUUUUUCAAAUCUGGGAGACUUCAUGCCUAUAUUGAAAAAUAUGGAGCUAAGAUGGAGACUCCACAAAGAGUGAUUCCUGUAAUUCUUCAAAGCUGCCUUUCGUAUUCCCUCAGCGCGAGACUUGCUCCAGCCUGGAAUAGAACAGGUCAUCUCUUGGUACAAGGAAGAGAUUUUCUUUCUCAUAUGGGAAAGCAAAGUGCUAUUGUAUUAGACAUCAAUGUAACAGAAACACAAGUUUGUUUAAGUAUAGAAGUCUAUACUAUCAGAUUGCCACCGCCUGAGCUACAGGAGUUUGAUAUUUCUCAGCAUGUUAUAGAGGAUUUUUAUACCAACCAGAACGCUGUCAUUGAGAGACAUUCCAUUCUAAGCAACUGGUGCUACAUUUUGCCAAGUAUGAAAAUGGGGCAGAUAAUAAACGUUCUUCAUACUCCACCACCUGACUGUCCCUUCCGUUCCUUCGACGAUUUCCGGAGGCACUGGGACGACCUGUACGGCUAUAAACUUCCGGAAGACCAUGGAGACCUGAAAACAUACUGCAGCAUCUACUUCAGGAUGACCAAAGGAAGGACCUUCACGUACCCUCUCAGCUGCAUCAGGAGUCAGCCCAUCCAGUUCUUCCCGAGGGUGGAUUUGGAAGGUGUGCUGAAAAGCUUUCUUUCAGACUUAAAAUCUAAACUGCCUCAUAUAUGUGGAUUUCCCAUAAAGAUGACAAGUAAGCCUUGCUACUACACACAGGAGCUAAGCAGACCACAAACACAGGAAAACAAAGUCAAACCCCCCAAUCUGACGACGAAAAGCCACUUCAGAGUGGCUCUGACUCAAGCCACUCUGUUGAAGCCCACAGGGUCUCUGCUUUUAGUCCCACAGCCAGCAGCAGCCAGCCACAAGGUGGAGCCUUUGGUCAGCCCGCAGCGCACAGGCUUAUCUGCAGCGGGCCGCUUCCAGCCAGGGUCUCCACAGCACAGAAAGCCCGCCUGGCCUCUCAGGGCGCCACCCCUACGUGUGGGGGAGUCAAAACCCAGCAGUGAAAAUACACACACUCAAGGCGAUAAUCUUUGCUCACAAAGUAAGAGGGCCCCAGCGUUCAUACCAGUUUUCAAAAGGAAAUCUGAGCAAGUGAACAAAGACAUCUCAACACUCAGCAGCGCGAAAAGAAAACAGAGCGCGGUUACACAACCUACCCUACUGGCGCAAAAAACUAGCGCAACCCAGGGGGGCAAACGAAGUUCAGGUUCAGCUCCGAGAAAAAGACCAGAUAGUAACAUUCAAGUCCAGGCUAGGAAUUUAAAUAAGAAGGUCAGACCUCUGCUAGUGAAAAGCGCUGAGUUCUGUGAGCCUGAGGGGAAAUGUCCCUCUUCUGAGGUGGAGCCGACUGCGCACCUCACUGAAGGUGGGCCACUGUCUACCAACGCCAUGACUCAAAUGUCAGGUAGUUUAAGUGCCCUAAAAAGUGCUGUUGACAGCCACACCAGCGGAAAACGCAAUUUAACAAGCAGAUUUAUAAGACAAAUUUUGGGGAAAAGCCAUGAGUCACUAAAACUCAAAAGUCAGCCACACAUUUUUGAAUCAGACUUAGAAACGGAAGGCUCCCAACUCCAACCGCAACAGUUAGCAGAUCGAACUGAAGAAGCUGAUGCAGCCGAUCAUGGCCUAAUAGAGAGCAAAGCAUCCCACAAACACAGGCGGAAACUAAGCCUUGAGUCUUCACAAUCUUCUACAAAGCAUCAUUCUAAUGCGACUCAUCAGAAGCAAUCUGGUUCUUCUAGGAAACAGGUACCUAAGACAACAAAACCUAAGAAGUUCUUCAGCAUUCCUGAGACCGAGUGCAUUGUGGAACAGAGACCACCCACCAGGUAA